AUGGCUGCGGCUGCCGCGGGCGCGCCCGUCCCGCGGGGCCCGCUGGUCCUGCCCGUGCCCCUCGUGUUCCGCAACCCGGAGGCAGGACAAUGGUACCAUGCGAUCAAGGCCAUGGGGUGGCACUACGAGAGGUUGUGCAUGUGGAUGGCGAAUGCCCGAAUGGAACUAGUGGAAGCGACAACUUUGCGGCAGCAAUUGGCGGCGGCAGAGGCACGUGCCAAGCAGCUCCAGGACAAUCUGGACAAGAUAGAGAAGAAGAAGAAGGAUGAGCAGAGGAAGAGGAAGAACCAGAAUAGAAAUGUCAGCCGAUUGUUGAAUGGUGUGACCGGGAAAUAUGGCGACGAGGACGGCACCGAUUUCAUCGACCAGUCUCAGUGCUCUGAGGAUCUGAUCAAGUGGGUGAAAGCAAUGAUUGCGUGCACACCUGGUUAUGGGCGGGAGCAGAGAAAGAAGCUGCUCAACGAGCUGUUCCAGAAGGCUUGGAACGGUCUGUAUGCCCAAGAACGGCUGCUGGCCAUGCAGAAGGCAAUGAAGCUGCAGCCAAGACAGGUGGUCUGGCACAUGACUGACAAGCCUAGGUCGGUAAACGAUUCGGGAAUGGGCGGCAUUCGAGAGUGCCUGGGGCUCGAGGCUAAAGCAGAAUGUUUUUUGCCUGCCAAAAGUGCAAUUAGCAGAGAGAGAAAGAUCAUGGAUGAAGGUGUCAAAUCGAUGAUGAACAUCCAAUAUUCAUGCAUUUCGGUUAAUGAUGAUACGUUUUCAGUGGGGACAGUGAAGGAUUUUCUGGUUGUGUUGUUCAGGGCCUUCAAAGUCCACCUGAUUAGACAAGGUGACCAUGUCUAUGUUUUGAUGGUGUGCUUUGAUGGAGCUCCAAUGACCAAGAACCGCGGCUUAAUUUUAAUGUCAUUUCGGUUAAUAGACCCCCGCACCAACAAGACCAUUUUUGAAACCCCACAAUCAAGGAAAUUCUGCUUCCCAUUUGCAGGGACAUGGAACUGUGAGAAUGCUACUAACAUGCGGAGUGCAUUUGGGGGACACAUGAGUGAAUUGCUCCAUCUUUCUGACGUUGGCCUUGAUUAUGAUGGUCAUGUUGUACCCUUCCAAGUGCCAAUAGGGACGGAUAAGAAGGCAGAGUGGCUGGGAUAUGAUGGUGUGGGAGGUGGACUGGGAACAAGCGUCAAAUGGGCCGACCCAAAAACGCCAGUCCUGCUGGUUUUACGUACCAUUGGAAUGCCAUUUGGCUGUGGAUGCUGCGGAAAUGAAAAGUGUCAUCAUUGGAAGUGGGCGCCCACAAGGGUGAAGACCAAGAGGGAUGAGCUAUUUGCGAGCACUGCUGCUCUACUGGAGAAUGAUGAUUUUAUGCGGCUAGUGAUGCCAAUUUGCGUGGUAGUUGAAGAUCUCCAGAGGGAGAUCAUUAACAGGAAAAUAUUCCUGCCUAAGGCACUGUCCAAGAUGAAAGAAGCGGAGCUAAGGGCAUGCCUGCAACGACACUGUAAAAUUACCAUGCCAGCUCAUGGUCAUACUGACGGUUUUGUCAACGAGCUCACUGAUGUUGAGGUUGGUUACCAGCUGGAGCUAUUUGGAUAUGAUGGACUUCCAACCAGAAAUUUAUUACAAAAUGUCAUAGAGGCUGCAGAUUUGAUUCGGCGGGCAGAUGUCUACUUGACUUUUCCUUGGGGUACGUCUGCAAUGUGGGGUCCAGACCCAGAGCUGGUGGCAGAAGAUGCACUCCACCUCAUAUUAAGAAUGAUGCCAACUGCAAAUCACAUUUGCCUAUCAUGGCCUCUGGUGCACAAGGACGCCCGAGCUGAGGAGCGGAUGCUGAUGGCGUCCCAGGCGAUUCGGAGAAAGACUUCAAUUUCAUGGUAUAAAGCAGCAUGGCUUGAUGGGUCUUCAAAUACUGACAUCAUCAAGCAGUCCUUCGGUGACAGUGACAGUAUGAAGCUGCUGGAUGCCUGGCAGGACACUGACAUUUUAAAGAUGAAACCAACGAAAAAGCCUGGUGAUGAGGGCUAUCAAGCUGAGCUGGAAAAAGAUGCUGACCGCCUCCAGUAUCACGCAGAUCAGUGGUGGCAUUUUGCGAGUAAGCAUGUUGGAGAGAAGGUCCUUACCUCAUAUGGCCACAGCUUGAAGUGUGGUAAUUUCAGCAGAUUUAUGAAAAAAUGGGGCUAUCUGAUCUACUACAGUGCCGACGCUGUGGAACAGACGAACGAUGAUGCCAUUGUCAUCACACAGACCAAAUCGCACAAAUUUGGUGUGAAAGGCCAGUCACCUGGGAGGGGCCAAGUAAUGGUGUCCCAAGCUGAGGAUAUUGCCCGGUGGUGCGGCCGCAAGAUUGCCUAUGCUACGGGAAUGGACAAGGAAAUCUAUGCUGCCCAUGAAGCUCGCUUGCUGCGCAGGAGAAAUGAAGCUAGCCAGCGCAUCCGCUCCCUCUUUAUUCCGCGCAAGCCUGGAGCGAGGAACAGAAAAACGAGGAAGCUUCAGCACAUGCGGCGGGAUUUGACUCGCGACGGCGAGCUCUUAGAUAUCCGUAAAGUAUUUUCGUAG